AAGAACGUACUGAUGGCCCGCAGAAUAACGAUGCUGUGCGUGAUUUUUCUUUACGGUGGUGGCUUAUUUUAUCACACGAUCUUGCCAUUGUCUUCCAGAACGAAGAUAAAUGGUAGCUUCACAAAUAAACCGCUGAUUUAUCCGGGAUAUGAUCUCUAUUUGGAUCCUCAAGCAAGUCCCGCUUACGAGAUCAUCAUUGGCAUGCAUUGCCUGUCCGCUAUGAUACAGUAUAGCGCUACGACAGCAGUGUGCAGUUUGGCCGCGAACUUUGCGACGCACGCACGCGGACAGGUGCAGAUAUUGAUGACGCUUUUGGAUGAUCUAGUCAAUGGGAAGAAGACUAAAGGUACCAAUGUGGAGAAACGUCUGAGCUUCAUAACGAAGCAUCACGUGCGUGUGCUGAGAUUUACGACUGACGUGGAGAAAAUAUUACGUGAAGUAUGCUUAGUGGAACUGGUGACCGCAACCUUGAUGAUAUGCUUGCUCGAGUAUCUUUUCUUAAUGUUUGGCAAAAUUGGCUCAACCGCGUAUGAAGUUAAUUGGUAUGAUUUAUCUGGCCAUAAGGCUGUGGAUCUUAUUAUGAUUAUGAUGAAGUCUUAUUAUCCACCCAAGCUUACAGCUGGCAAAUUCUGUGAUUUAUCUCUCAAUACUUUCAGCGCCGUACUUAAAACAUCCGUAGUAUAUUUAAAUUUACUUCGAACAGUUACGCAAUAAAACUUAAAUAAUCCUUAUUAUUGUUAGUG